AUGGUUCGGUUGUCGGCUUCCAUUUGCUGUCUCUUGAUUCUCCUUUUGGCCGGAGGGCAGGCAUUUCAACCCAUUGGCGGCCAGCCCACCAAGCUAGCAACAAGAAAUCUUCUCCGACAUCCGAUUAGCCUCCCUUCCUCAUCCAAUUUCUAUGCGCUUUCAAAUCAGCCACGAAAUCCUUCCACCGCACUAGAAUCUGGUUUUCUUGCCGAAGAACCUCGGGAAACAAACUCCAUCCAGCUGUCCCUACCUGGCAUUCACUCCAUUUUGCUACUAGAAAUCGGUGUGUUCUUGGUUGACCAUGUUUUCCGCUAUCGAUACAACUAUGUCAAGCGCUAUUUGUAUCUCUGGCAUGGCCUAUCCAGAUUCAAGUUCUGGCAACCCCUGUCGUCUUGCUUUUGCCAUCGAAGCACCAUUCAUCUCGCCAGCAACUUGGCCUUCCUGCUUCCAUAUGGACGGUCUGUGCAAGCAGAAUUCGGCCCAAAAGGUGCUCUGCUGACCUUUUCCCUCUGCGGAAUUGUGUCCAGCCUGGUUUCUCUUUCAUUUCUGCCCGCUCGAACAGUCAGUGUGGGAGCUGCAGGCGGGAUGUUGGGAAUCUUUCUUGUGGCGGUCACGAGUCAACUGGAGUAUCUUGCCAGGUCGGGUAUUUCAAGGUUACUUAGCAAUUGGAGAAUCCUCUUGGAAGUGCUCGUCAUGGGUUUGUUUACAGUUCGACAAUUUGCAGAAGAAAUCUCGACUCCAGCAUACGGUGGGAAACGAGCCGUUAACCUGGCUGUUCAUUUGGCGGGAGUCGUCGCUGCUGCGAUUGCAUCACGCUUGAUUCUGACCAAUGGAUCGCAAAGCAGAGUGCCACGUUUUGGCGGAGGAGUCGGCCCCCCAAAACUCAAUCGACGCCCCAAAGACCACGAAACUACUUCCAACCACCAAGGCACUUGGUUCAGCGGCCCUACCGACGUUGGUACGUCAAAUUGGCAAGAACCUAUACACAAAGGGGGCAGCAGCAAAGUCCUGGGAUCAGUGUUCAACAAGGAGAGGAUGCGAAGAGAAGUGAGAACUUCACGUCCCGUGGAUCAUAAUGAGCUGCCGGAUCACGGAGACACAUGGUCCAAUGGUCCCAUGUCCGAGGGUCUCAAGUCCACGGGCAAGAGGAACGGUCAAGAGCGCAGCCAAGGCUUGGAAUCACCCUUGAAUCUUGGCGAAGUAACUAACCAUUUGGAUGAGGGCCCAACGUUUAAUGGCCCCAUGUCUGGUGGUCCCAUGUCCGAUGGUAUCAAGUCCAUGGGCAAGAGCAACGGCCAAGAGCACAGCCAAGGUUUGGGAUCAUUGUCCAACGAGAGGAGGCGCAGCGAAUACUCUGCACCCUUGAAUCUUGGCGAAGUUAACCAUUUGGAUGAGGGCCCAACGUUUAAUGGCCGCAUGUCCAUCUCUGGUGGUCUCCUAAAGUUCAUGACCAAGAACAAUCAGGGGGCAGGUUCCUUGUCCAACGAGAAGAGGCGUGGUCCUCCAAACUCGGGUUCUGUGACGCCAACUGAAGUGAUGUGGUCCAAUGGGAACAGGCCCCUCUCUCGUGCAGAAAAUCGGCGAGCCACCAGGUGCAAUGGCCAGCGUUUCUGCAACGAGGACGCCUUUUCCUUGGGUCAAACCGCAUUUGGUGGUUCCGACAAGGAGACUCACCGCAGAGACCCCAAGGACUACGAUUUUGAUUACCAGGAGGUAUACUUGAACGGCCACGAGGUUGCCGCAUCCUGUACUCCUGAUGGACGAGUCAAUUACGGCAUGAAAACCAGCCUGAACAUUGAGCCAGAAAAGCACUGGUGGCAAACCGACGCCUGA